AGAACGCUACUGACGGGCGCCAUUAAAAAAGUUGAAAAAAAAGAAUCGGAUGACACAGAUAAGAAAUUCGGCGCGCGAAAAAUUAGGUAUUUUACUGUGUCGACUUAAUGUGGAAUUUUGUUAAAUAUUUAUUAUUAAGUGCGUUUAGUGAAAGUGUCUAGUCUAAAAGUGAAAGGCGAUGCUAAAAUACACAACAUUCCGUCCAAACCAGUGACUCCCCAGCUCGCGCUAUGUCAGAACAAUACCACUGCACACAAACGCCAUGUCAGCGGUGAGAAAUGAGCCCAAAACAAAAUGGACGACCGAAAACCAUAGCGCCACAGACCACAAAUAUAAAAAAGUGCUGAGGAAAAGAAAAAAAUGUGUAACGGACACAGACACAACAAAAUGGCGGGCGAAAAUAAGAUGGCGGAUCAGUUCGAGGGUGCUGCUCCCGUUGAUGAUUCUGAAUUUUACAGGAUAUGCGAGUGCAGUGGAGUCGAUCACCAGCAGAGUCCUAGCGUCCAUCCUGGGGUACCCAUCCACCUGCAACUCAGGCUCGGAGGUGCGUCCCUGCACUCUGUCCCUGGAAUGCUGGCUGAGGGGCGGCGUGAGGGCGAGGGGGUGCGGCGGCUGGCUGUUCACUUGCUGUAUGCCGCCUACUCCGGUCGCUGACAGCUUUGAGAACAGCAUACCCUCAUCAGAAUGGAAGUACAGCAAGGUGGUCCCGCCCAAGCUGCGUCAGAUCCCGCAGCGCAGCGUGAUGCCCUCUAAUAUGUUCCGGAGGAGAGCCGAUGAUGAUGCUUCUCAGAUGAUGAUUCUUUUUCAGGUUGACUGCGGUCUUCCCUCAUCCCGUAUUCUCCAGAAGAGAAUCAUUGGAGGUAGAGAGGCUCGCUUCGCCGAGUUCCCGUGGCAAGCACAUGUGAGGAUAUCGGAGUUCCAGUGCGGAGGAGUUCUUGUGUCCCGCUGGUACGUAGCGACGGCCGCGCACUGCGUGUCCCGCGCCCGGCCCAGGGACAUAGCGGUGUGGCUGGGAGCGUUGGACACCACCGCCGGCGCUGACACUUCCAGGAAGCUUGGCGUAGUCCAGAAGAUCCUACACCCCCUCUUCCAAUUCCGCAUGACGCAGCCGGACCGCUACGACAUCGCUCUUCUCAAACUGUCCCGCCCCAUCACCUAUAUGAGCCACAUUCUCCCCAUCUGCCUGCCUGAAGGGGACAUCGAGCUAAGGGGGAGAGCGGGCGUGAUCGCGGGGUGGGGGAAGACGGAUGCGAGUAACAGUCAUACUGGGACUAAUUUGCUGAGGGCUGCGACUGUGCCUAUACUCAGCAAAGAGCAGUGCAUCACCUGGCACCAGAGCAAGCAGAUUUCCGUCGAGAUCCACUCGGAGAUGAUAUGCGCUGGUCACUCUGAUGGCCAUCAGGACGCUUGCUUGGGAGACUCCGGUGGCCCCCUCAUAGUGAUGGACAACGGUCGAUACUACCUGGUCGGCAUCACGUCAGCUGGCUUCGGGUGUGGAGUCGACCACCAGCCUGGCAUCUACCAUAAUGUUAAAGUCACAGCUGGAUGGAUUAAAGGCGUCAUAUCACCUUCUAGCAACUACGUGGUGGACUAUUAGGGCAAAAUAAAACAAACUUAGGCCCGGUUUCAGCCAAGACGGAGUGGAGCGGAGAAGUGAUUUGAAUAACCAAUCAGAUUUCAUUAUUUCCACAUCUCUCCGCUCCGCACAAAAAUUUGACGGUCUGACACUUCUUAGCUCUGUUCCGCUCCGCUCUGCCUUGGUGGAAACCAGGCCUUAGGGUAGGGUAUCGGCAAAUAACAGCUAACCGGAAAAUCGUCUGGAAGAGAUCACUUUAAAGCGUUAAGACCGCCUAUAGUGUGCCGUCUCUUUUGUAUUUAUUUUCUUGUGUUAGGUGAACUUAGGUGCAUAAUAAAGUGUGUUCUAUGUGGCACUGGAUUAAAGGCGUCAUAUCACCUUCUAGCAGUUAUGUGGUGAAUACUAGAAAAAAAUUGGGGAUCAGGGCCUAAAAGGCCUUAGGGCCGGACUUUUUCGGAUUAUACAGAAUAGGCAACUGCCUAGGGAAGAUUUGUAAUUUUGCAAUGAUCUUUUUUUAGAUGAAAAAGGCCCUAAUUAACUUUGUUGUGACGUGACGCAUCAGAACGGAAUCGGUUUCAUACAUUAUACGACACGUCAGAAGCCAUCACUACACUUAGGCCAAGAACAGACGGUGAAACGCAACUGCAACGAAACUGCAACUUUCCGAUGAUUCUUAUGAAUGUAACUGAAACUGAAAGUUUCAAACUGGUCGUGUCAUGUGUGGUCUCUCAACGGACGCUAUGGCAGAACUUAGAUGCAACUCAAAAGUAACUAGCAGUUGCAGUUGCGUUUCACCGUCUGUUCUGGGCCUUACUGAAUCAAACGCUAUUAUGAAAUCGAUUCCGUUCCGAAGCGUCACGUCAAACGUUCGCAUUUAUAAUACCUAGUAAUAAUAGUAUGGAUACUGAUGUAUUUUAGCAUCGAAUGCGUAGGUACAAAAAGUUUUAGACAGCAUAAAAGUGAGAGAACUAUGACUGUUUUCAUCGACAAACCCCUAUGUAGGCAUCCUCUAGACCUGAGCCCUAGACUAAAAUGUUUCCCACAAUCGAUUAGUUCGUUCGUUUCAGCCAAAUGACGUCCACUGCUUGACAAAGGCCUCCCCCAAGGUUUUCCACAAUGAAUGGUCCUGCGCUGCCCGCAUCCAGUUUCCAAACUUGACAAAGUGACCGACAUUCGUAGAGACGAUGGCCGUUGGGGCAAAAAGUUCUCGGGCGACCACGGGCUGAAAGACGUAGCGUGAGCAGGCCUCCUACUAGGUGGACCGACGAUCUGGUAAAGGUCGCGAGAAGAACCUGAAUGCGGGCAGCGCAAGACCGUUCAUAAUUGAAAGCCUUUGUCAAGCAGUCUCAGAUCAUAGAAAGAGAGCAGUGGACGUCAUUUGGCUGAAACGAACGAACGAACCUAAUAGCGUUUAUGUAUUGUCACGAAAUGAAAUAUUGAGCUGUGUUCAACUUAAGGGGUACUUUUUUCCCUUGUGUCUUAACUUUGACUAAACUUUGAUAAUUUCACAAAAGGGUUACCUACCUAUAGGAAUAUUAUUUAAGUGAUUGUCGGUGAAAAAGAGGUAGUUUUCGUAGAAUACCUUCAAAAUUUUUAAGAUCUUCCUGUAUCGAAGUGGGUUUUAAUUUUUGUUCAAUUUAAUGUUUGUAAAAAUAGUUGUAGACUGCAGCUUCACUUGCCGUUUUGUAAUCUUGGCUAAAUAUUGAUCUCUUGUAAAGUUUUAUUUAUUCAUUUAUUUAUUGUUUUGUGCAAUUGUUGUAAAAUUAAAUAAGAAAAUGUC